AUGUGUGCAUCCCAUGGUGCCCUAGUGCAGGACAAAAGGGUUCACGGGGGUGGUAGUCUGGGAAAUAUGGUGCAGGAUUCACAACCUGGCAAACCUGAGAAGAUGAAAGAGGUUGUCUAUGCUGAUGACAUGAGAAUUGAUGUCAUGAACUUGGAGAGCAGUGUUGGCUAUAAUGGUUCUCGUUGGAAACAUUUUGGAGUCCAGCAAGCUAGUCUGCCAGAUGGAGGCGGCUCUUCAGUUAUGAUUCCAGAAGGAAGGGUGCAUGGGGGAAGUUUGCUGUCAAUGCUGGCAGGUAGUUCAGGUCUUGGCUUUGGCAGCGGCAAGAGCAUAGGUGGUGGUCCAUCUGAACCAGAGGAAUCUUACAUGAUGCCUCAGAGUAUUGAAGUCUCCUAUGUGAAGGUCUGCAUCUCCGUCGGGUUCAGACAGCUGAGCUACAUCUUGGACAAGCCAAUGCAGUCUUCAUGA